AUGACUCUAGGAGACCUGAAAGAACGCCACCGUCGACGCUGCGAAAAAUCCAUCAACAAGGUCCCGACCACCAGGAAAAGGUCGUGUCAGAGCUGCAUCGCCUCAAAAGUCAACGCUGUCACUCUGACUCAUACCGCAGGCUCCCGCUGUCGCAAUCGACAGAUUAGGUGCGAGUACAAGCUUGACAUCCCGACCCACCCAUCACGACGAUCUACAACCGCCUCGGUUCCCACUCCCUCGGACCCAGCCCGUCUACUAAUGGCCGGCGAGUCGAUGGCUGGCGAUACUUUUGACUCCCAGCUCUGGUUCACAGAGGACCUUACCGGGCUGGCCCCCGACAAGACGGGGCUUUGA